CGAUCCAAGACAAAAUAUAUUACUAGUGGUACUCUGUUUUCUGGUUUAUUUAAAUUCUGUUGACCAGUUUUUAAGUAUGAAAUAAAUAUCACGAAUACGCAGGACUAAAAAGAAUACUGAAUUUCCAAUCAGUUCGAAACAGGGGUGGUAUGAGUGAAUGAGUCAUACCAAGUUUCCCUUAAUUUCGUUUUUACAAUUUUUUCUUUAUUGGUUAUGUUACACUUUUAUUAAUUACGAAGUUUGGUUUUGUCAACACGUGUGGGAACAAUUCGGUACAUGUUUAUGCCAGAAAAUUAGAAAGAAAAACGAAAUUCUAUGGUGAAAUGUCGGUUUUACAAAGAGUGGUGAAACCGACAACCCACAAAGGCAAAAAAAUUCUACUCAAGAAAGAGCCGCAACUUAAUGAAGGGAUCAAAAAGGCACUCUUUUUGAAAGGGAGAAAGACUUCCGAAAAAAUCCGGGGAGUGUUAAAAGAUAUUUAUGACAUAAAAAAACCGGAUGCUCAAAUGUUACAGCAUCGCAAUGAUAUUACUAUAUUUGAAAAUGCCACGCCAGUAGAAAACUUUUGUAAAAAGUAUGAGACUCAUCUAUUCCUUAUGGGAAGUCAUAGUAAAAAAAGACCUGAUAAUUUAGUAUUAGGAAGAAUGUACAAUUACUCUCUGCUAGAUAUGAUAGAGCUCAAUGUGGAAACAUACGAAGGCCUUAAAGAAUUUGCAACUUCUAAGGUGACUUUAGGAACAAAACCAUGUUUAUUGUUUAAUGGUCCUCAGUGGGAUCAGUCAGAUGAGUUAAAACAUUUAAAGUCCAUAUUUAUUGAUAUGUUCCACAGAGAAAAAGUAUCCUCAGUAAGACUGCAAGGUAUAGAGCAUACUAUAAGUUUUAAUGUGACUUCUGAUGGCAAGAUUGCUUUGAGAUCUUAUAAGGUUUUGUUAAAGAAAUCUGGAUGUAGAACUCCCCGAAUAGAAUUGGAAGAAAUAGGUCCAAGAAUAGAUUUCACACUCAGAAGAACAAAACUUCCAUCAGAAGACUUGAUGAAGGAAGCUUGCCGGCAAACGAAGCAGCCAAGCAAAGCUGCUAAGAAGAACAUUAGCACUGAUGAGCUGGGCACCACCCAUGGACGAAUCCAUCUAGGCAAACAGGAAAUUAACAAUAUACAAACCCGUAAAAUGAAAGGUUUGAAAAAGAGUAUACAAGAGAAAAAAGUACAUAGAGCAAUCAAAAGGAAAGCUUUAGUUGAGAAUAAUAAUUAUGUUAAGAAACAGAAAAAAACCUAGCAUAGUACAGGUAAAUGAAGCAUUAAAGGUGUGUCGAAAUCAUCAAAAUCUUCAGCAAAAACUGCUAUACAUGUCAAAUUAGUUUCAACAUUUAUAUAUUGUUUUGAAUUAUUGAAUUUCUCAAAUAAAUAAAAUAAUAAUUGUAAAGUAAUAAAAACAAGGAGAAAGGUCACAUUAAUUAAGAUGUGGUAGCUCAAUAUAAAAAUCCAUGGACAAUAUAUCUAGGUAUGAUAUAUUAAUAAUCAAUCUUUAUUUUCUUUCAUUGCAUUUAGAUGUUAUAAUGCAAUAAUUUUUUUUGUUACUUUUCUUCAGUGACUAAUUUUAAUGUUAAUUAAUUUUUGUGUUAUUAUACACAAGGGCCAUUGAGAUAGUAGACACCUUUUUAUAUGUAUGGUUAAGUGAUUUCCUGCUGUAAUUAUGUAAGUAUAAAAUUUUCACAAAUUUUUUACUGAUAAAUGUAAAUAG